UUACAGGCAGUCAUUCAAAAUGACAACUUUUUCUUUAACGGUUUGCCCAACAAGGAAUGAAAUAACGUUGUAACAUUACAUUACAUUCAUUCUUUUUACAAGAAACCUAACAAGAUCGUAAAAUAGUUUUGUAGCAUUAUACGUUAAUAAAGAACAUCGCAUAUUUGAAUAACAAUUGUAUCUUCCGCAAGCAAUUUAUUUAGAUAAUUUACUUAGCAACAAAUAAACGCCAUUACCUUAGCAACAAAGUCAAAGAGGAAAAGUUUCCUGUUGUGAGAUCAAGUAGCUCGAAAUGGCGAGUAUUGCUGUAAAACAAAUUUCUCCUGACUUCAACUGCCUACGUCCAUCCAUCAGGAGUUUGACUUACAACAGAAGAGCAUCCAGCUUGCAAGAAAGGUCGCGUUCGUGUGAACCUCGAGCGAGAAUUAGACUCAAAACAGCACCGAAUUCAGCCCUAGAUUCCCUUCGGUUAAGUGAACGUGAAGUAGAGAGCAUGAUUGUCGAGCGUGCAAAAGAGUGUUUACUGGAUUUGAAGAAGGUUUUUAAGACUCUGGACGUGUUUAGAACAGGAACCGUAAGUCAGGCUGAAUUUGCUCGAGUAUUACAAAGCUAUUGCAACCUUAUAUUACCACAAAGCCAUUUUUCAAGAUUUUUUCACAAGCUUGGUGUGAAAAAGGAUGGUUCUGUUUCAUAUGUAAAGUUCAUUACAAGUUAUUUUGGAAAUGAGAAUGUAGACAGAGGUGUUAACUCCAACAAAACUGAAUGCAAAGACGAGUGCAAAGAAGACUUAGAUAGUGAACUAAAAGCAAAGUUGCAAGUCCAGUAUGCCAACAUAUUGAAGACUAUGCAGCUCUUCGAUUAUGCAAGGGACGGUUUUAUCCAGAAACAGGAUCUGAGAAGAAUUUUGGAAACUUUUUGCGUCAAAAUGACUGACUUGCAGUUUGAAAGACUAUGGGCAAAGUAUCAUUGGCUUACAAGAGGAAGCACUCUUAGAUAUGUAGAUUUUCUUGACAGCUUCAGCAUUGAAAAUUUUAACAACGAACAACGUAUGAUGAAAUCAAGGCAACACGUCGUUGAAGAAAGACCCAGAACUCCGCAACCAUCACAGAAAUCGGGAAACUACACAGAACAAAUUUUCAAAAAAAGGUUCCUUGUAAAUUACGAGAAUAUAUAUCGAGCUGUGAGAAGACUUGAUCAUCGUGACUGUGGCUAUGUCUCUCUCAAAGAACUCAAAAAGCUGGUGGAAAAAUACACGUUGUCAAUGUCCGACAGUAUGUUUCAUACUCUACUACGAAGUUGUGGUAUUAAGGCCAGUCAUCGUGUGAAUUACGAGCGUUUCAUGGAUUACUACGGCAAGGCCAGGACGAAUAUUUUGUGGCAACCCGAGUCGACGACGAUGCAAGAAGAUGUUUUCAGUGCUCUUCAAUCUCAUAUUAACUCGAGUUUCACCAGUAUAAAAGAUGCCUUUUUGGAGUUCGAUUUCAACAAGGAUGGUAAAAUCAGUCGCAGUGAGUUACGUCGUAUUGUGGAGAAAUUCUCGUUUCGUUUGUCCGAAGAAGAUUAUGCACAGUUCAUGUCACGUGUCGAUCCAGAACACAAGGGAUACAUCUCAUAUCAUAGAUUCCUUGAGCUCUUUGAAAAUAAACCCAAGGAAAACCAUUUGCGUUUGAAUAAACGUCCUGCAUCCGUGCCAAUGUCCCCUCAAGCAAGAAGUACUUGGGAAACCGUUGUAGACAUACUUCGUAAUAAAAUCAAGGAAAAUUGGCAGUCUGUCUCAUCUGCCUUCAUGACCGUUGAUGCUAACAGAGAUGGUUAUCUAUCUCGUGACGAACUUCGAAACUUGCUCGCGAAAUUUUCUUUAUCGCUGACCAAUGAACAUUUUGAAAUAUUAUGGAGCUUAUGUGACGAGAAUAAGGAUGGAAAAAUUGCUUUCUCAGAAUUUCUUAAGCAACUCGGUGUCGACAUCAUUUCUUCCGAUACUCAUGGGUUGAGUACGAAGAUCUCAGACGAAAGUGAAGCGAGGGAAAACUUCGUGAAACGCGAUCAGCACGUUCGAAGAGAUCACGAUUUAGCCGAGGUGACCGCUGACCAGGCAUUAGGAGUAAUCAGGAAUUACAUCUUUCAAAGAUCAAGUGAUAUAAGAAAAAUAUUUGUAAAGUUCGACUCCAAUAAAGAUGGCGAAAUAUCUCGCGGUGAAUUCCUGAAGGUUUUAGAAUCGCUUGGGUUGUGUCUUUUGGACGGCCAAUUUGAUAUCCUUUGUUUUCGGAUGGGUUUUUCCAACGGCACACUAUCAUACAACAAUUUUUUGAAGAAUUUCGGAGGAGAUCUACUAUCUCAGAGCAGCAUUGUUGACUGGCGAAGGUAUUUCCGGUGGGUUGAUGAAGCAUCCGAUGUCUUGUUUACCGCCGAAGAGGCCGAGGCAACCAUAAAAUCAAAAGUUCAGCAGCAUUUUUCGGGACUUCGAGAAGCGUUUCAUAAAUUUGAUGACGAUCACGAUGGCGUGAUAACUAGAGUAGAGUUUCGUCGCCUCCUUAAGCUCUAUAUGAUCACAAUGACUGAUCACGAGUUCGAUCGUCUAAUGAACAAACUUCGUGUAUCCCACGACGCAACAUUAGAUUAUAAAGAGUUCCUAAAGAGAUUUGAAAAACAGGAGAAAAUUGAAAGCCACGGUUGGCUUAUGAGAAAACACAGACCUAAAACUACUUGCGAUGUUGGUCGCGUCACUGCGGAACAAGCCGACGAGAUUCUCAAGAUAAAAGCGACGCAGCAGUGGGAUGAUAUCACGAGGGCAUUUCGUACUUUUGACAACGAUGGUAACGGUAUUGUCACGAAGAAAGAAUUGAAAAACAUGCUACACCGAUACCAAUUGUAUAUGAAUGAAGAGGAAUUCGACAAGCUUUGGAACAGCUACGAUACUGACCGCAAUGGUUAUGUGGACCAUAAGGAGUUCAUUGCCAAGCUUGGUUUGGAGUUUGCCGCCGGAGAUACGGAUGGGCACAGUAAAAGAAUUAUUGAGUACCAAGAAAAUGAAAAAUCGAAAAUGUUGAAGGAAGGCGAUGCGAAUGUUCAACGACCUUUAACGACAGAUGUCGAUAAGAAAUUGCGAGAAAUCAUUUUGGAAAGAUUUUAUAUAUUUGUCAAGGCUCUGGUUGAAGCAGACGCCAUGCGUAAUGGUACUGUGACUCGCAGCGUUUUGCACAAAAUCAUCCACGCAAAUGGCUUGCAGCUCACGCAUCAACAAAUGAACCAAGUGUGGAAUAACUUGCCUUUGAAUGAUGAUGGAACGAUGCAAUACAAAAACUUCUUAUCGUUCUAUACAAACGGAAAGGAGACGCCAUCAUCGCGAAAGGAAAGCUCAAGAAACUCUAUUUCUAGAGGAGUUAAUAAGUUCCAUAACAGGGUGCGCAGUGCGCCUUUGAGAAAAUCAACUUCUCGCGUCAUAUCAGUACCCAGUCCCCCCAACGAAGGAAAUCUAUCCUGUGGAAAGUCGAUCAUCGCUACGCCACCAAAGUCGGCGUUUAAAAUCUCCACACCCCCUGGUUAUGUUAAUGAUAUCGAAAAACGCGUUAAAGACAAGAUUUGCGAGAGAUGGCGUGAAUUAGAGAACAGUUUUAUUGAACACGAUAUUUUAAAUUCAGGACUUGUGUCCUUGGAGUCAUUUAAAGAUGUUUUGUUUGACUACAACAUUCCAUUGAAUCCUGAAGACAUUCGAAUUAUGGCUAGAAAAUAUGAAAUUGGUAGUGCUGGAAGUAUAUCGUACAUGGACUUCUUACGUGGCUUUCUCGAGGAACAAGUCCAGCAACCUGUUGACAAGUCUUUAUACCGCUCCAAAAUACACCCGACUCGUUUACCGAAUAGUCCUGGUAAAGUAAACGAUCAUCUUCUCGCUGUCAUUGCAAAGCUCUAUAAGCAAGUACGUCAUGAUUGGAACGGCAUGCGUCGAUCGUUCAGGGCAUUAGACCAACAGGGAAACGGAACAUGCAGUGGUCUCGCCUUUCGUCACGUCCUCAGAAAGUACAAUAUCGAACUGAGUGAAGAAGAGUUCUUUCAGUUGGCUGCGUAUUACGAUAAAAAUGUUAGCGGUAGGAUAACUUACAACGUGUUUUUGGGUGCUUUCCUGGACUGACUGGGAUCACCAGGUACUUAUUUAUUGGAAUGAAAGCUGUUCAUAGUAGAUAUUUAAAGUAAGUUUUCUCAUAAAAGGCAUGUGCUUUUUUCAUGGGAACAUACAAUACGCGUGCGUGUGUGCGACACAAACUUGUAUAAACUAUUGACAAAUAUAUAUGAUUUUAUUUUUCAACUUA